AUGACCUUGAAGGUGGACGUUAAGUUCCCAAAAGAAACAGAUAAAAGAGUUAAAAAUCAAAAUUACUAUUUCUUAUCUAGUAAUAAGGAGACUGAAAGGUUGGGACUUGAACAGGUCUCUCUCUUUUUUUUUUCUCCCCAACUUGUACUGGCUAUCCUACCUGUCUUGUCCAUUUGUGGAGAACCGCUGGAUGACAUCUGCCAUGGGCCAUCUGGAGAACCCAUUAAGGCACUGGAAACUCUACACGUUGUUUUUGUGAGCUGUGGAAAGGAGCACUCCCUGGCUGUUUGUCACAAAGGAAGGGUCUUUGCAUGGGGAGCUGGUUCUGAAGGACAACUGGGGAUUGGAGAAUUUAAGGAAAUAAUUUUUACGCCUAAGAAGAUAAAAGCUCUGGAUGGUAUAAAAAUAAUACAAGUUUCCUGUGGAGACUACCAUUCCCUGGCAUUAUCAGAAGAUGGCCAAGUGUUUUCAUGGGGAAAGAACAGCCAAGGUCAACUGGGCCUGGGGAAGGACGUUCCCUCCCAAGCCAGCCCGCAGCGGGUGAGGUCCUUAGAGGGGAUCCCCCUGGCUCAGGUGGCUGCAGGAGGGGCCCACAGCUUUGCCCUGUCUCUCUCUGGGACUUCAUUUGGCUGGGGAAGCAACAGUGCAGGGCAGCUGGCCCUCAGCGGGAAAGAUGUCCCAGUGCAAAGCUACAAGCCUCUUUCAGUUGGUCGGCUAAAGAGUCUAGAUGUGACUUACAUCAGCUGUGGUUAUGAACACACUGCAGUGCUUACCCAGGUAAUUCAAAAUGUCUUGCUAUUUUUCAAAAUUUCAAUCAAAUGUUACCACAAG